GAUUCAAGGUGUAUGUAACUUGGACUUUUAAGAAAAAUAUAAUUUAUAUUAAACAGGAGGUAUUUAUUAAAAAAACCAAUGAAUGACUAAAAAUACUUGAUUUAUAUCAUCCUGUUUUGUAAUCGUCGAGCAAUUGUGCUUUGAGUUUGGUGUGUGUCUUUCACCAGUGGGUGGAUAGUUGAAUUUAAGGAGUAAAAAAUUGUGGCAUGGAUUUUGUGGUGGAAAGGAAAGGAAAGAGGAAAGUGAAGGGCAAAGAAUGAAGAUUGAUAUGUUUUGGGCAAAGAAACAAAAAGAGAGGAAAAUGCGAAUGAAUGAAUGAAUGAUUGAACCUGAACCUCAACUGAACGAUAAGAAAAAUCCACUCAACGCCCAUUUCCAACCUCAUUCGUCCACGUCCUCUAUUCUAUACAUCUCUCGCACUCUUUGUUUUUGCCGCAACACCCACACACCCACACAGACAAGAGAAGAGAAAAGGUAUCCAUACUAUGGCAUCAGCUACUGCUUCCCACACUUUGUGCGGCAUCCCCACCACCUCUUCCUCCUCUUCCUCUACCACCAACAGGGUUUCCCCCCAUUCUGCUCGCUUCCUUCUCAAAACUCCUCUCCGCCGCCUCGGAUUCGCCGGAGCUGUUGCUGAUUCUCUCUUCACCAGCCACGUUGCUACCAGGCUCCGAUCUUUCAGCGGCUCCUCCUCCAAGCCUGUUAGGGCCGUUGUAUCCAUGGCCAAGAAGAGCGUUGGAGACCUCACCGCUGCUGAUUUGAAGGGAAAGAAAGUCUUCGUCAGGGCUGAUUUGAAUGUCCCACUUGAUGAUGCCCAGAACAUUACCGAUGACACUAGGAUUAGAGCUGCCAUCCCUACCAUUAAGCACUUGAUUGCCAACGGCGCUAAAGUGAUCCUCUCCAGUCACUUGGGAAGGCCAAAGGGAGUCACUCCUAAAUACAGCUUGUCACCGCUUGUCCCCAGGCUAUCCGAACUGCUUGGAAUCCAGGUUGUGAAGGCCGAUGACUGCAUUGGUCCGGAAGUUGAGAAGUUGGUUGCUUCACUUCCAGAGGGUGGUGUUCUUCUUCUUGAGAAUGUAAGAUUCUACAAGGAGGAAGAGAAGAAUGAACCUGAGUUUGCAAAGAAACUUGCAGCAUUGGCAGAUCUCUAUGUGAAUGAUGCCUUUGGUACAGCUCAUAGAGCACAUGCCUCUACUGAAGGAGUUACCAAAUUUUUGAAGCCUUCUGUUGCAGGUUUCCUUUUACAAAAGGAAUUGGACUAUUUAGUCGGGGCAGUUUCAACUCCAAAGAGGCCAUUUGCUGCUAUUGUGGGUGGUUCAAAGGUUUCAUCCAAGAUUGGAGUGAUCGAGUCACUCUUGGAGAAAUGUGAUAUAUUGCUUUUGGGUGGAGGUAUGAUCUUUACAUUCUAUAAGGCUCAGGGUCUUUCAGUUGGUUCCUCCUUGGUCGAGGAAGACAAACUAGACCUUGCUACAUCACUCCUGGAGAAGGCCAAGGCAAAAGGAGUCAGUCUCUUGUUACCAUCUGAUGUUGUGAUUGCGGAUAAAUUUGCUCCUGAUGCAAACAGCAAGAUUGUGCCAGCAUCAGCUAUCCCAGACGGUUGGAUGGGGUUAGAUAUUGGACCAGACUCUGUCAAGACCUUUAACGAUGCUUUGGAUACCACAAAAACAGUGAUCUGGAAUGGACCUAUGGGGGUGUUUGAGUUUGACAAGUUUGCUGUCGGAACAGAGGCAAUUGCAAAGAAGCUAGCAGACCUAAGUGGGAAAGGAGUGACCACUAUCAUUGGAGGUGGAGACUCUGUUGCAGCCGUUGAGAAAGUUGGAGUUGCUAACGUGAUGAGCCACAUAUCCACUGGUGGUGGUGCCAGUUUGGAGCUACUGGAAGGAAAGGAGCUACCCGGUGUCAUAGCUCUAGACGAAGCAGAUACCCCUGUUGCUGUGUAAAACAAUAUGUACUAAAUUCUUUUUUUCCUAUAUCAGUGGUGAUUUCCAGUUGGGAAACAUUGAGUUAAUGUUGUAGAUUUUUCAGGUGAUACUUGCAGUAUAAGGUCCUUUUUUUCUUCCCACCCAUGUUGUUUGUCUAAAUAAAGGACGAGUAUAUCAGUUAUAGACAGCUACAGCUUUCAUGUCUUUCAACAAA